UUGAGAGCAAACACGUGGCUGAGGAAUCUGAUGCUGAUCUGGUGAAGAGACUGCUAACGUGAGCCCAUGUUUAAAGACACAACCACAAACACAGGGUUGCGCCAGUGACCCCUGCCAGGGCCCGCGGAUUGCACCUGCCAUGUUAAAGCAUCUCAACAACAGUGUUGGGAAGUGGCUGCUCCACAUUUUCCCACUGUUUCCGGGGCUUGUCUGUGUUCCCUCUCUCUCCAUUACUGUUUUCCAUUAGUGGGUUUCCAUGCCCACCUGUUUGUAGGUUGUUUUCAGGUUUCAGUGUUACGCAUUCCUAUGAAAACCGGGGUUGCUGUUCUGUCCCUCGGGAUGGAACAUUCCUCUGUGUUGCAGUCUCUGGGAUUUGUGCUUCAGCACAAAAUGUGGAACGUGAGCAGCUCAGUUCCAGGAGUGUUCCAACGCUGCGCAAUGAGCGCUGCCUCCAAACACAAAGCAAUUCCUACCAUUCCAGAGACCGAGCACUUCAGAAGUUAUGUAGGUACCUUGCAUACAGUUGGGCACCAAACCAAAAGUGAAUCUUGUGUGGAUUUCACCAGCUGGGAUGUGGAGAUCCAAGAGCCUGGGCUGAGGGUGCGCAAGGAAUAAGCUUGUAGGGAAUGGGGGGAGGUGGGUGGCAGUAAUUAAGUGUCAAGAAAGAGGGUGUUUGGAGAUAUCAGUGAUAUCGGUGGGGACUGAAGGCAAAGAACGUGAGGAGAUGAAAAUGAGGAAGCGAGAGCUCCUCCAUUUCCAAAAGCCACAUGUCAGAGUGUCUCCAUCCCCACGGGAGGUGACCCGGGCACCUGGGCCCCACCUCGGAACCCCCGUUGCCUGGGCACCCAGGCAGGCCGUGCUGUGCUCUGAGACCAUGGAGCGGCGGUGGCUGCCCCUCCUGCUGCUCCUGGUGCCCUGGCUUCCGGGGCUGCGCCCCUGCCUGCUCUGCUUUGGGCCCCCCGUUCAGUGGGCCCGGCUCUGCCGUGAGAUGGCCAGGAGCUCUCAGGACUCCCAGCACCAGCACUGCCUGGAGGCCCUCGCAGAGGCUGCUGUGCCACUUGCCCCCGUCACUGUGGGUGGGUGGUGGGACCCCAGGGAUGCCCACCCCAAUGGGACCCUCUGCCCCCGUCCUGACUGGCACCCUAGGGGCCACCAUCUCAACGGGACACUCAGACGAGCAUUCUGGGGGCCCUCAAGCAUGCCACGGUCUCCCCAGUCUUGAGGUGGACUCCCCCAGGCACCCCUCAGACCCAUCUGGCACUCUCCCAACUCUGAUAUGGAUCCCGGGGAUCUCUGGGAACGCCAGACUUGCAUGGAACACUGGAUGGAUCCCAGCCCUGGGCAGGGGUACAGUGUGGACUUCCAGCAACUCCCAGAGCUUCCCAAGAUCUUGGGGGGUCUUCAGGGAUGCCUGGCCAUUCCCAGAACCCCUUUGCCCUGACCUGGACUCUGGGAAUCAGCCCUGAGCCCUCCUCCAGUUCUUACUGGAACCCUCCAGCCCUGAGCCCUCCAGUCCUGACCGUGUGAUGGUCCCAGUGCCCUUGUUGUGGUCCCAGGAGCAGCGCAGAGCGAAGCACUGCGGAAGAUCGUCAUGGAUGCCUUGCAUUUACUGGAGAAGCAGAAGGACAAGAAGCCUUUUGAGGUGUCUCUGCGGGAAGCCAUCCAAAUGAUUUGGGUGAAGCUGAGCCAGUUGGAGCAAGCUCCUGCCUGCAUCCCCCCCUGCGGGCACCAGCCGGCCGCGCGCAUCUUCCAGUGCUCAACCUGCCGCCUCGUGGACUGCCAGUUCCCUGUGGACUGCCCAGUUCAGGACUUGUGGGUCCACGAGGACGAAGCCAUCACGCUGCACUGCGACGUGCCCUUCGCCGUCCCGCCGGAGCUGCAGGUUACGUGGAUGUUUGCCAAGGACGGUACAGUGGGAUCAUCCCCCAGUCUCCCACAGCAAGCUGGAGACACUUGGUCACAGGCUAGAUCUUCCGCCAGCAAACGGUCCUGAGCACUCUCUUGCAAAGGCA